GAUUGCAGUCUGGAUUGUGGAAGUUCUUGUCGUCUGCUCACGUGUUUACACUGGUUUACACACGCUGCUGUUUGCAUCAUUGUUUAGGAUAGUUCUUGUUCAGUAUCAAUAUAAGAUAUCCUCAGAUGGUUCAAAAUGACUGCAAAAUCCUGCAUCCUCCUUCGAACGCCUCUGAAAUUACUGUUCAACUUAUGCACAACUUCACAAACAUUUCGGACAGCUCGUACAAGUUUGUCAGUGGCAUAUUCUACACUUCCGCUCAAAAUGCGGCCCGCGAGAAAAAAACCUGUUGUGGACGAACCACCGUCUGAGAGCUCCUUGUCAGCCGUUGCGUACAGCACAGCUGGGGAAUACGACCUGACAGCAGUCAGUAGGGCUCUUCAGAAACAGGGGCUUUACCAACAAAAGGUCCUUUCGCCAGACGUAGAAGAAGUCGUUUGCGCGACAGCUAAAUACGAGCUUAAUGAGGAACACAGAGAUCUAUUUAUAUUCAAGGAGGGAUCUGUCGUCUUUUGGAAUUUCCCAGAACUUGAGAGGAAGUCCGUGCUCCAUCUGUUGAAGGCUUACGAGGUGGACUCCUACAGUGCCGCACUGGUCGAAGAGGAGACAGAAUCUCUCGAGUACACCUUCCACAACAACAAGCCAAAAUUUGUCAAUGGCAAAAUUUUUCUACCGUCUGAAGGCAGUUUGGACCUGGAGAAGUAUACAUUCUCCAACGGAAUGGCUCUAUCAGUUAAACUGGCCAUAUGGGAGGCCUCCCUGGACGCGUACGUGGAGAGCAUCGAGUGUCUCAUUGAGGACAUGAAGGACGGACGUAAGAUACGAAUGACACGUGACCAACUUUUCCGGAAGACCGGGGAGCUCUUCUCCUUGCGACACCUCAUCAACCUGAGCUCGGAUCUCCUCGACACGCCGGACUUCUACUGGGACAGGGAGAACCUGGAAAUCCUGUACCUAAAGGUCGUCAAGUACAUGAACAUUGAGCGUCGCACAAAGGUGAUGAAUGAGAAGCUGACCCAUUGCUGUGAGCUCAUGGAGCUGUUGAGCCACCACCUCGAAGAUAAACAUCAUGUGCGUCUCGAGAUCAUGAUCAUAGUCCUCAUCAUGGUUGAGGUAGGGUUUGAAUGCCUGCACUAUAGUGCAAGGUUUCUCUCAUAGAAGAUCAAGUCCGAACACAGAGUACAAUAGUUUUUAUAUAAAAUACAAGGUUGGUAAUACAUGUAAACAAUACACAAUGAGUGCCACAUACAAUGCGCUGCCAAAUAUAUAUAGAUAUGGACUAUGGUAAUUGG